AUGGCCUCCUGUUGCGGCCUGCGCCGUCGUGCACGAGCGCGCUACUUGAGACCAGGAAGGCAGCUGCUGGUGUUUAGCCAUUCCGAUCAACAGUGGCACAAGGGCUACGUGCUGGCUUGCACAGAUUGUUUUCUGCGCGUGGAGUAUCGAGUUGAAGGCCGCAUCCGCCAGAAGUUUCUGGACGUUUGUUCUGACGAUUUGCAGAUGCAUUUGGACAAUGUGGACGUUUGCAACGCAGCUUACUAUGGCUGCUGUGAGCCAGUUCUUGCAACGCUGGAUCUGGCGUUUUCGUGCUUGCCGAUCGCUCGCGAACCGCCGAAGAUGUCCGUGCUGUUUCAGGGUUCCUCAUUGAUCAAGAUGCUUCUGGAGAACAACAUCCGCUUGGUCAAGUGUUCUGCCCUCAAAAGAGGGGCUGCAUGGCCACGCUGUCAAGAAGUACCGGAGCACCACUUUGUGAGCACUGCGGAAUUGGUACGAUGGGGUGUCGAUCUCUGGUUUCAGGGCAGACAGAAGAUUGUUGCUGUCUCGCAUGCCUGGGAGACGAUGCAACAUCCCGACCCGUUCUGUUCACAGAAUGAUUCAAUCAUCGAAUCUUUCCGUCGUAAAAACCUCUUCUCGACGGAUCCUCAUAAUCGUGAUGGUGGGGAGGCAGCAUGGCUGUUCAUUGACUACAUGUCUCUGCCUCAAUUCUACCGCUCGAACCCAUCCGAGGUCGAGCAGUUUCACGCGGCGAUGGGUUGCAUGCACUGGCUGUAUGCCCACGAGAAGACAUACACCCUUGUCUUGGAUGAACUGACUCCUGAAGACGAAUUGGAAACCCUUAACGAGAUAUUGGUCUAUUGGUGCCCAGACACCUCACGCCCUCAACUUGGCAGCCUGCAGCACGUGCCUGUGAAGAACCUGACACACAACCGCACACCCUACGCUGAAAGAGGAUGGUGCCAAGCAGAGCUGCAGUGGUCGCGAAUGAGGAGCGAGGCCGGGAGGACGCUGGUCGACGGCUACGGCUUCAACAUUCCAGGCACCGCCCCAUGUGCGCCCGGGACUUUUCGGCGGCUCUUGGCGGAUGGGAGGCUGAAGUUCACGCACCGAGAUGAUCAACAAGAAGUUGAAGAGCUGCACGAUGUCGUAUUUCGAGAGAAGGCAGCGUUGAGCACGAUGUUACUCUUGCAAGAGCUAUCAAAGUCAGAACUGGAUGUCUUAUCAGAGGCACUGCCAUACUAUGUCAAGCUGGAAGUCCUUGUCAUCUUGGCCCGCAGGUGUUCAGACGAAGAAAUGACGAUGUUCCUCUCUCACAUAGAAAGACUCAAGCAAGCACAAGUCUUGCCAGCAAAUCUCAGGGUGUUCGACCAGCCCGAAAACAUCGAAGAGCCUGCGGAGUCCAGCGACGACGAAGAGCGCUGA